CGUGGAAGUGCUGCUGCUAUAUUGUUGAUGUUGAGUUGGCAAUUCGGCUGCGUGUAGUUUAGUGUUGGGAGGCGGGUCCUGAGUGCUGCGGCCGCUACACUAUUGGAAAACUUCCCAUAAAGGAGCCAAGAGAGACAAUCCAAAAUGACCUGCCGCAAAGUGAAUAUAGUGAUUAUAGUGUUGGCGGCCGUGAUCUUCCUCCUCAUCCUCCAUCAUAAUCUGCUGGGUCUGAGCGAUAUACUGAAAAGGCAAAGUUCAGAUUUCGGCCUUGUAGGAUUUCAGAGGAUUGAUUUCCUCCCCGAAGCUCCAGAGGAGAAAAAAAUAUCAGAGGUCCCUGUAGUUAUCACUGCCGUAGAAAGUAGACUCGGAGGGGUCAUUGCUGCAAUCAACAGUAUUUCCAGUAAUACACAGUCCACUGUCACUUUCUACAUUGUGACCAUGAAUGAUACCAAGGAACAUCUCAGGACCUGGCUUAGUGACCCUAAGCUUAAAAAUGUCAAGUAUAAAAUUCUGGACUUCGAUCCUCGGGUCCUUGAGGGGAAAAUCCGAGCGGAAGAGCGCGCCAAACCUUUAACAUUUGCAAGAUUUUACCUUCCUGCUUUGGUCCCUGGGGUAGAGAAAAUCAUAUAUCUGGAUGAUGACGUAAUUGUUCAAGGUGACAUUGUGGAACUCUACAAGACCCCUCUAAAAGUGGGACAUGCAGCUGCAUUCUCUGAGGAUUGUGAUUCAGUCACCACGAAAUACUUGGUCAGAGGAGCCGGCAGUCAGUAUAACUACAUAGGAUAUUUUGACUACAAGAAGGAAGCCAUCAGGAAGCUGGGCAUGAAAGCUAGUACCUGCUCCUUUAAUCCAGGUGUUUUUGUAGCCAAUCUAACUGAAUGGAAGCAACAGAAUAUUACCAGGCAGCUUGAAAAAUGGAUGGAGUUAGACAUGGCGGAAGAACUGUAUAGCAAGACCCUCGCUGGCAGCCUCACCGCACCGCCACUGCUGAUUGUCUUCUACAAGAUGCACUCUAGUAUUGACCCAAUGUGGCACGUCAGGCACCUGGGCUCAAGUACUGGGAAGCGUUAUUCCUUUCAGUUUGUGAAUUCUGCCAGGCUUCUUCACUGGAACGGACACUUUAAACCAUGGGGACGGGCCGCCUCAUAUUCUGAAAUUUGGGAAAAAUGGUAUAUUCCGGACCCCACUGGUAAAUUUUCCAUCAUUAGAAGAAACGCAGAAGCUGAUAGAGCCAAAUGAUGGAAUUACACUGAUCAGGAAAUCUCAUGAACUGCGGUAUGUUACGGAGCAUGGUCAAGCAGUAUUUUCUCAGGAAUCUGCAGCUAUUGUGUUUUUUUAUUUUUAUUUUUUUUAUCGCCAUUACAACUCCAAGACACUACAGUGGAUCCUGGUCCUUCUAGUAUAUUAGGUUUUUUUGUGUGUUUUCUUGUAUUCUUUAUGUAUUAUCCUAUGGUGUUUCAGCUGCUCUUUCCUACAUGAUUCAGUCCAAAUCUUCUUGUCGGUACAGUGUAUGAGAGCGCUGGCUGGUGGCACCACUACGCUUCUCUCCCGUAGUCCUGAACUUAUGCACAACAUAUUUCUGUCCUCCUAGCAGGAACCUGUCCAUUGUAGUGGGGUGCUCAGAAAGAAAGCUCCAAAAAGCUGUGCAGAUUCCUACUAUGAGGACUACUUUUUGCACAGUGCAGAUGUAGGAGAUCUGAGUUUGUCAUUUGGCACGAGUCGUUGUCGUAAUGCAGUAUGUUACCCGUGGUUUUACACAGAUCUGAUUCUUCAUGAUGCACAAAUACUCAUUUCUGUUCCAUCUGGACAUGCAUUGCAGAGCCUAGUGAAUUUUUCAUAUAAAACCUGUCAGCAGUCACUGUAUCUGCGUACAGCGGUAUUUGUCCAUCCGCCUCGGCAUAUUUACCGUGAUGUGGCCGGAUCUCCGCUGGUCCCCAUUAUAGUGAAUGGGGCCAGACGGACUUCCGGCAGAGCAUGGUAGUUCCGGAGCUGGCAGGCUGUUCUUUUUCCGGAACCAUUAACACCAGUCUGAAAAAUACAGCAUCUGGCAUUGAUCCUGGGCACAGCUCCUUUUGUUUGGAAAACGUUUUGGUUUUAUAUGAUACAAUGUUCUGCUUAUAUGUGUAUAUAAAGAGGUAUCUCCCCAAGGAAAGAGUAGGAUUCUCAUUGGAAUCCUACUUCGUACUGACGAGGAGUAAGCAUCCCGAAACGGCGAUCUAUAGAUGGAUAUUUGGCUUGGCAAUACUGCCUUGUCCUAUCAAGGCUUAGUUAAAAAGUCACAUUUUUACUCCUAGGGAGCCAGUUCUACAAGGUGGCGAUAGUGAGAUGGUUCUCUUUCCUUUUGGAGAUGCCUCUUUGCAUAGUAUUUUACCAUGGAGGACUUCCAGUAAGUCUCUAUACACAAGGAGAUCUUUAAGGAGACCAGCACCCCACCUAAGCUGCUUUAUAUGUGUAUAAGGAAUAUUCUCUGGUUGUUCACUUCAUAAGUGUCAUGACCAGUAUAUUGUGAAUUUAUUGGUCAAGCGAUCAAUUCAUGGAUCAUAAACCUUGCUUUGUUGAUAGGACGCUAAUAUUUGUUCCCUUGUUCAGAUCUCUUUGCUAAUAAGACGGCAUGUACAGCGCAGUAUACUCAGCGGGUGGACGGGGAAUCUUCGCUUUGUAAGUUGUAGGAGGUAGAUGACUAUAGUGACCCUCAGAGCUGCAUCCACUUUCAUGUUACUGUAUGACAACCUUCUAUACAAAGCCCAUAGUACACGACGUGGUGCAUGCUACAAUCCUACACCAGAGACAUAGGAUUAGUGUUGAAACCACUGGCAACAUGGAAUGUGUAUGGGACUCCUGAAAAAUAGCUGCCUUUUGUAUCAUUUAUUGCUAUGUACUGAUUUGGCUACUACGUGAUGCUACUUUGUAGUGAUAAGGUAAAAAUAAUUUCAUUCAUUCAGUGUGGGGUUUUUAAAAAAACACUACUCCACCAAGGGUAGGGCGCUCUUACUGGACUUCUCUAUGCCCUGUACUGUGCUCAAGUCCCCAAAAAGAGUCUGUUGGCUACAUUAUCCCUAUAAAAGUACCCCCCAGCGAAAGGCAGAAGAAAACCCUGGAUUGCGCACUCGGAAUGCAUGCCCUCCUGUGGGUGUCUGCAACAUUCACUGUGCUGCACACAUGCAGUGCAAAGCGGAUAAUGCAGAUACUGACAGAAGGGAAUGUACUGCGCAUGCUCAAUCCUGAGUUUUUCACCGCGCGUACACAAAAUUUGGUCUGGGGCUACACAGUGACUUGGCAAACAGCCAAAGCUUCCUGUGCCACACAGCGUAAUCGAAGUCAGUGCAAGUGCUGGAUUUUUUGCUUGGGUCACAUUCUCAGCAACUUGCAAAUCAAACUGUGACUGUGCGCUUUGGUCAUGCAAUGAUUGUUGUGACCAAAGUUGUCAUGCAGCCGAAGCCUUAGGUGCAGGGCUUUGCGACCUAAGGGAGGGAAUUUUUCAAGUAGGGGCCAAGGUUUAGGGAGAAGUGUCUUGGCACUUGUGAAGGCAAUUCUACCUACAUUGCAGAAUACUCAGGUUUUUUUUUUUGUGGAUUCCCAUGCAGUAUCAGCAAACUUUGAGAACAAAUCUCUUGUACACUUUGCAGAUUUUUUUCAUUAUGGAAUUUGGCCUGCCAUCAAGAUUCUAAACUUCGCAGCAUGAUUACACUUGUGAUUUUAGUUACAGAUUUUACCCUUUCCAAAUGAAGGGUGAGAUCUGCAGAAAUUUUUUUAUUUUUGUACUCGCCAUAAAAUCCUUUUCUUGUAGGAUGCAUUGGGGGGACACAGCACCAUGGGUAUAUGCCCAGCUGCCACUAGAAAGAAAAGUGUUGGCUCCACCCCUCUGGGCUAUACCCUCUGCACAUGCAGAAGCUAGCCAGUAGGUAGAAAAGCAAUGAGAUCACCAAACUGAAAAAAAGGAAAAGCCAACAUGUCCCGAAUCAGAGAGAGUUGAUUACAAAAAACCCUGGAGAAAACCGGAAGGCUUGAACUGAAAACGAAUCAGAGUGGGUGGGAUCUGUCUCUCCCAAUGCAUCCCACGAGAGAAGGAUUUUACAGUGCGUACAAAAAUCUAUUUUUCUCGUGAAUGGCAUUGGGGGACACAGCACCAUGGGAUGUCCUAAAGCAGUCCACGAGGGAGGGAAGAAACAGCCAUGCGAGGCAACUAACACACAGCUGCUUGCAGAACCUUGCGACCUAGACUGACAUCAGCAGAGGCCAGGGAAUGGAUGUGAUAGAACUUUGAGAAGGUAUGAACAGAAGCCCAGGUGGCGGCCUUGCAGACCUGGGAAGCCGAGGCCUGAUGCUGAACCGCCCAAGAGGCCCCCACCGCCCUAGUGGAGUGAGCGGUCAACCGAAAAGGGGGAACACGACCCUUUGCAACAUAGGCCUCCUUGACAGCCGACCAAAUCCAAUGGGAGAUGGUGGCCUUGGAAGCUUGCAGACCCUUACAAGAGCUCUCAGAUGGAGUCAGAACGACUCUGAUAACCGAAGGUAAAGGGGGAACGCCUGAACAACAUCCAGACGGUGGAGGGAUCGCUCUCUAGGAUGAGAGGGAUUAGGACAGAAGGAUAAUAUCCUCAUUAAUAUGUAAUGAGGAAACCGGACGUAGGACCACUUUGUCCUGGUGAAACACCAGGUCGGGGGACCUGCAAGAAAGCUUUGCAAUCUCAGCGACUGUGCGGAUUGAAGUAAUCGCCACAAGGAAGGCAACCUUAAACGAUGUGAAGGAAAGAGAGCUAUCCUUCAAGGGCUCAAAAGGAGGGGACUGAAGAGCGUCAAGGACAAAAUUCAAGUCCCACGGUUCCACAAGGGAACGAAAGGGGGGAAGCUCGAGAAGCCAGUGGUCUUUGAAGAGAACGGACAGGGCUGAUAUCUGACCCUUAAGCGAGGCCAGCCGAAGACCCUUGUCAAACCCAGCGUGGAGAAAAGACAGGAUCCAGGGAAGAGAAAAACAGAGUGUGUGAAUCUGGCUAGAUUCACACCAGGAAAAGUACGCCCUACAGGUACGGUGGUAAAUUCUGGCCGAUUGGGGUUUGUGUGCGUGAAGCAUAGUCUGGGUGACAGACUCCGGGAGACCGCGGCCUCAACAGCCACGCCGUUAAAUGAAGCUGAGGUAAACUCGGGUGGAACAGCAGACCUUGGAAAAGGAGGUCGGGACGCAGAGGAAGCUGCCAUGGAGCGUCGGCGAGCAGAAACGCAAGCGUACCAUGCCCUGCGGGGCCAGUCCAAAACACCAGGAUCGUCGGGACCCGAGCCUUCUUGAGGCGUUUGCGUCCCCGGGGAAGAAGCGGAAAAGGAGGGAAGAGGUAAGGGAGGCUGAACUGGGACCAUGGAAGGACCAGAGCAUCUACCGCCAGAGCCUGAGGGUCCCGGGACCUAGCGACGUAAACUGGAAGCUUGUGGUUAAGAGGGGAGGCGAACAGAUCCACGUCUGGGGUUCCCCACCAGUGGCAUAGUUGUAGAAACACCUCCGGAGGGAGGGACCACUCGCCCAGGGCGAGACGUUGGUGGCUGAGAGAAUCUGCCCAAUUGUCGACCCUGGGGAUGUGGACUGUGGAGAGGGUGGGAACGUGUUACUCUGCCCACCGCAGGAUGCGUGAGGCUUCCUUGAGGACUGUCCCGCUUCUGAUGCCCCUUGGUGGUUCAAGUAAGCCAUGGCAGUGGAAUUGUCCGACUAGAUCGGGAGUCCAGCGGGAGAGAGCUAGGAAGAUGGCCCUGAGCUCCAAGACAUUGAUCGACAGGGAGGACUCCUCCACUGGCCCUGGGCAGUGAGGGACCCGAAGACAGCCCCCAACUCGUCAGGCUGGCAUCGUUGGUAAUCAUCUGCCAACUUGGAAGAAGGACCUGCCGAGAGAGACCGUGCUAGGGAGCAGCCACCAACGCAAGUCCAGGUGGACCUUGAGGGGAAGGAUGGAUCAGGCGAUCGAGGCCUUGUCCCACCUGGAGAGGAUUGACAGUUGAAGAUGGGUGUGCAAUUGGGCAUAGGGAAUUGCCUCGAAGCAGGCAACCAUCCGGCCCAGAACACGCAUGCACGUCCUAAUGGGCAGAGGGGAUGGCUCGCAGAGGCGAGUCACCCCCGACUGGAGAGACGCUAACUUGUCCUGGGGAAGAAACACCUGCACGAGGCGAGUGUCGAAGACCAUGCCCAGGAAAUUCAUCCUCUGGCAGGGGACAAGAGAGGACUUGGGGAGGUUCACCAGCCACCUGAACUGGGACAGAACAGAAAGGGUGAUGUGGAGUUUGGGACUGGCACGAUAACUCCAAGAGAAUGAAUGUCUUGAAAAAAAUUGGCCUCCCUUGGGGGAACCUGGGUGGCGAUGACUGGGAGGGCGGAAAAUUUUAUUUUGUAUCUGGAAGAAACCACCUCCCGAACCCAUGUGUCGUCCACGCUUGCCUGCCAGACAUCUUAGAAGGCAAGCAAGCGCCCCCUCCACUCGAGAGGGGACAUAGUCAAGCAAAGGUCGUCUUUGCAGGCUGUGGCUUAGAAGGCUUGGGUCUAGUGUGCCAGAAGGGCUUGGCCUUGAAGAAAGGCCUAGGUGACUUUUUGUCUGAGUGAGAGCAGGAAUCCCGAAAGGAACUAAAAUUCUGCGACUGUGAAGCCAGCGAUUUGGGGUAGAAGAGAACCUUUUCCUUCUGUGGCCUCCGAAAUGAGUUCCUCUAAGUGCUUCCCAAAGAGUUUACCACCUAGGAAGGGAAGAGAGCCUUCUUGGAAGCUGCAUCUGCCGCCCAGGUACAGAGCCAGACCGUGAGGCGGAUGGCCAUAGAGUUAGCGGCUGCUCUGCUCGAGCGGCAUGCUGAUUCCAUGGAAGCAUCACAGAGAUACACAGAUGCUUGGAGAAUUUGAGAGGCGAGGGUGGGGAGCUCGCCUUGAGCAGAAAACCGGGGGUGAAGGACCUGUUGAGCUGUUUGGCCCAGACAACAUAUGCUUUAGCCACCCAAGAUGCAGCAAAAGCUGGAAAACAGAUUUGGCUAAAGAGUCGAUCCUCUUGUCAGAAGGAUCCGACAAGGAAGCCGCAUUGGCCAAAGGAAGGGUGGUAACUUUGGCUAGGCGUGCCACUUGGAGAUCUACCUGAGGUGGCACUGACCAUAGGUUGACGGACUCCUCUGCAGAGGGGAAGAGGGGGUCCGAAGCCUUGGAGAGUUGAAGGCGCCUAUCAGGAUGACGGCACUCCUUGGCCAGGAGUGCGCUGAGCUCCGCAUAGUUAGGGAAAACCAAAGCGGGGUGUCUGAAACGGCGGAAUGACAUGGAUCCCUGGGCCGAGGAGGAGGGGUCCUCCUGCACUCAGAGCGCGUCCCUGACUGCCUUUAUGAGGUCCUGCAUGGCCGCAGACAUAGAUGUGCUCUGUUCAGAUCCAGAAUCGGAGGUGUCCCCAGGAGUGGCAGAAGAGGAAACUUCGCAGUCUCAGACUUAUCCAGGGAGUGAACAGAGGAAGCUGAGGAUGAGCGGGACCUGGCUGAGAGCACUCAAGGUCACUUGCGGGACCUGGUGUCAGAGCGAGAGCAUGCCCGGCCCGUGGGGGGCAGAGGUAGCCGCAAUUUGGGCAGGCAAACGAUCCAGCGACUGCACCAUGUAUUGGGAGAGGCUGGCAAGGUUCCCUAUGGCUUGGGAAGCACCCCAUUCAGGAGGGACAGCCAGGGUGUUAUGGGAGGGUCUGGGGAUAAGGCACUGUGCACAUAUGGGGGGGGUCAGGCUGACCGUACGGCAUCUUUUUAUUGUAGAUAGAACAUGCAAAUAUGUGACCACCCCGAUUGGGGGGGGGGGGGGGGGGGGAUUGGGUCUUGUCUGGCUGAGGACAUGAGGGCUGGUAUGGAGCCUGCAAAAGGGGAAAAAAAAAAAAAAGCAGCCAGCAAAGGCUGUCCUACCUGACCCCAGGUGCUGUAGCAGCUUACUGAGUAGCAAGGGAGGCUUGUAGAGGAUGCCAGUAAGAGAUCAGUCUGCCCCCCCCAGCAAUAAAUCCUGUGCUUAGACGGAGUAGGGUGGAAAUCUGGCCCCUCCCAGGAAGAAGGGGGUGGGACAAAUGGAGCCUAGCAGGCCGGGACCUCAAUUUAUGCAGCAGCCCGGACGGAGUGCUGCAGACGUUCGCCAUCUGGAGGUGCCAUAAGGGACCCUAGGAUAAGAGACGCCUGUGCAGGGAAGCUGGAGGCCAGGAAAGAGUCUAGGGACGGAAAAAAAAAAAAAGUGUCUUAGUCCCGGCAAUAGCCGGGUGCCAAGGCAGACUGGCCAGAGGCCAAGGAAAGUACAGGGGACACCCGGAGAGGGAAGGGUCUGAGAAGAACGGCAGACUGGGAAGGAGUGAGGCCUAGUCCUGGCAGAAACUAGGGGUGAAAAGGGAUCAUAUGCUCUGGCCAUGAGGCAGAAUCAGAGCCUGGGCGAUUUACCAUCCCUGGGAGGGGGACCCUAUGGGAUUGAAUACUCAUUAUCCGUUGUCUUUAGGCACCGCAAGGUCACCCCAUCGGCAGACUAAACACAGGGACAGUGGGAAUGCCGCCAUGCCUCUGCAGAUCUGGGGACUGCGUGACCGGUGUAGGUACUGAAGUACGCGCCUGCAGGGGGUGCAACUAAAGUGGUGUCCCACGAUGGAGCCCCAUCCUGCAGCAGAGAGAGAAGAAAAAAAAAAAUAGCAGCAGGACCUGCGAAAAAUUAGCAGUGCAUGUCUGCCUCCUAUGGACACUAGGAAAAAAAAAAAACAAAACAGACUAGCUUCUGCAUGUGCAGAGGGUACAGCCCAGAGGGGUGGAGCCAACACUUUUCUUUCUGGUGGCAGCUGGGCAUAUACCCAUGGUGCUGUGUCUCCCCCAAUGCCAUUCACGAGAAAUCCAUUAUAUAUAUAUUGCAGUUUUUGGUGCAUAAAUGCACAGAAAUCAGUACAUUGACCUGCAUCAAUGUACAGAUACACUAAGGCCACCAGCUCACGAGUGCGGGUGAACACACAUAAGAUAAGAUACGCACAAAUUUACAUGCGUUACUGCACAAUAUCCUCAAUUUCUAACAGCAGUUUUUAGUGUGGAUCUCAGCCUUCAUUGGAAAAGGGUGAAACCCCCACUAAAACCGCAAACAAGACAUGCUGUGCGUUUGCAAUUUCACACUGCAGACCGCACAGAAUUUUUUUUUAAGCGUACAUGAGAUGUGUCAUUUCAUACACUUUGCUGGUACUGUAUUACACUGCAGUUUUUCUGCAACAUGUGCAGGUGGGCUAAUAGGUAAAAUGGAGCCGACAAACUCUUAAGGCCAGAAAAACUGCAUUUGGGCUCAUGCACACGGCCGUUGCUCGGCUAGGCCCAUAUUGCCGUCUGCAAUAUGUGGGCCCUGGUUGUUUUUGCACCGCACCAUGGAUGUGAACCCAUUCACAUGAAUGGGUCCGCAAUCUGGAAGGUGCAGAAUGGAGAGGUAUCUCUCCGUGCUUCCGCAUCGCAAAAAAGUAAUGCGUGCACUACUUUUUUUGCAGUGCGGACAGAUCACGGACUCAUUUGAGUUUGAAUGGGUCUGGAUCCGUCUGGGGAAUAUGCACAGAUGUUGCCUGUGCAUUGGGGGAACUGCAAAUUGCAGUCCUCAAUGGCAGUGUUCAUGAGCCCUUAUAUAAGUGAUGAAAAUCCCAGUAAUAGGACGCCAUUGUUUAGAAAUGUUUUGUGCCUGAUGAAUAUGUGUAUUGCCAUUUACCGUGCUAGCUGACUAUGAGCAAUUGUCAGAUGUGACUUACAGGUGUAUGCCAGUAUACUGAUCACUGAAUUGUACUUUAAACCACUUGUACCAAGCAAUGUAUUUGCACACACAAUUUUAUGCAAAGAAAUAAAACCCAAGUUUGCUCAUG